AUGUCGUCGAACCCGUUCCGGAAAAAGGCGCUCGAGGCCAUUGACACGACCCGCGUGCAGUCGCCCGUCAAGUCGAGCCUCCGCAGCGACUCGCCCCUCGGCGGCGAUGGCGCCAUCCUCGACAAGCCCAGGACCGUCAAGAAGGUCCGCGUGCUGUCGCCGCCGCCCCUCUCCCCCGACUCGCCAGAAUGGCCAGCCAACGUGAGCCGCAGCGGCUACGCUGAGUCGCUCUACCGCGACCCCUUUGGCGUCUCGUGGUCGACAGACGAGAGCGAUCCCGACACCCCAGCGACCGCGCCAGCUCCGGCGCCGCCGGCCGUCGUGCCAACCGGGAACGCCGCGUCGCCGGCCAACCCUUUCAGCAAGACGUUGCAGGCCCCAGAGGACUCCGAGCAUCUGGAAAACCAGAGGAAGAGCGAGGGGGCUGCGCUCAAGGCGGGGAACCUGGCGAGGCAGUCGCUCAACGUGGAUUCGUUCAAGAGGCUGCUUCUCACGGGCAAGGUCAACGACACAGAGCCCCUCCUGGCAACGGACUCCCCGGCAAGCAACGACUCCGCAGCAAAGAGAGCGGCGCCUGCUAACAACCUCCACGCCGGGGGAACUACGGCAGAGGGGAGCGAGGAGGAAGAGGAGUCGUCAAACUCGGAAACCUCAUCAGCCGACAACUCGGACAACCAUGCCAGGCCGGUAUCCACAACCAGCCCCGAUGGACACUCUGGCAAGGAGAAGAAAGCCCCGCCACCGCCUCCGAGUUCUCGGCGAGGCAGAUCACUACGGGACGACGGCAGCGACGCGCUGGGUAUUGGCCUGCCCACCGAUGUCAACAAGCCCCUCCCCCCUUCACCCGUGCGCACAAGUGUAGACGACGGAGCCGAUUCUCCAUUCGACCGCGAAUCAGCAGGCAGGGUUCCGGAGCAGCCGCCGGGGCGGGAGCCGGAUGCUGGAGCGGCAGAGCCACAGCGCGAUUCCGCAACGCAGCCCAGCGGCGGCAAGAAGUCGGCCCCGGCGCCUCCGCCACGAAGGGGCCACGCUCGGGGAGAGAGCAGGGGGCAUCUGCCUGCUGCUGAAUCGACUCCCUCGAGGCGGCGCGGCGACGAGGUGCCUGUUGGUACGUCUGGCGACGAGACGCCCACUCGAUCCGACGAGCCCCGACACGCAGGCCAUGCUCCAACUCCUCCGCCGCCACGAAGACCGCACGCAGCGUCGCGGCAGAUAACGCCGACAUCAUCGCAAGUCACCUCAGUCCCACCGUCGCCCACGCCUCAGUCCGAUUCGGACCAUUCCGCCCCCCUCGAUGCCUCGGCCGCUACCGCACAUGACGAAGCGCACCCCGCAGGCUCGAAACUCGUGUCGCCACCACCCCGCCCGCCGACGCGUAAGCCCUCCGUCAAGCGUCCCGCGAGCGUCAUCAGUGUCGAGGGCCUCAGCCGACGCGUCUCGGUGGAAAGCAGGGCCCGAGACGGGCCUGCCCGGCCACCACCUCCGCCGCCGAGACAGCGGGGCAGCAGCUCCGGCAGCCUAGAUGCCCUGCCGCGGCGAACUAGCGGAGAGGCGGCAUCGGCGCACUCGGGGCAGAGGCUACUUGUGUCGAGCUCUGGCGGGACGGCGACUUUGGGGGAAGAGCAGGCUCCGGAUCCUGGGAAGGGUGACGAUAUACUGGCGGAUCUGGACGCCCUGCAGAGGGAGGUGGAUGCUCUGCGAGGUCAGAUUGGUUGA